AUUAUCCUUCUUCUUUCUGCCUUCGAGACACUUGGCUUUCAGCCUAGUGAGCUGAUGGGUAUUUUUGCUGAGAAGGUGAUGGAAGAUCCUGAAUUCCUCAACUUGAAAAACCUUUUGAUUGUUCUCCGAGUGUAUUCACGACUCAACUAUAUUCCCAGAAACCAAAAGCAUCUGUUUUUUGAGACUCUUCAUAACUGCUUGAAUAAGUACCUCCCUCAGAUUUCCAACACAGACCUGCUGAAAGCAGUGUAUUCACUUUGCAUCUUAGGAUAUCUUCCUCAUCGUGCACUUGAUGAGCUGCUGCAAAAGGACAGCAGGGGUGAACUUCUGUCAGAUGAUCUUUACAAAGAACAAAAGGAAAUGAUGCUUUGCCAUGUGAAAGCAUGUAUGGAACUUGAUAGCCCUUCCUUCACGAAGCCUGCAUUUGUGCCUACGGAGGAUUUCUCCUUAUUAGUGUCUCUGAAUCUCAGAAAGGCUCGGGAGGCACUUGUAGAACUUCUGGGAGAUGAGAACAUGUUUAGGCAAAAUGUUCAGCUGCCAUAUAACUAUCAUAUUGAUUUUGAAAUCAGAAUGGAUUCAGACAGAAAGAAAGUGCUCCCAAUAGAUGCGGCAGAUGAUAAUGCUGACUCAAGUGUUCAAAGAUUGGCUUUUCUCUUUAUUCCUCUGUCUGCCUUCUGCCUGGGUACAAGGCACCCCCAAGGGAAGUUGGCAAUGAAGAAGCGGCAUCUAAAUAAACUGGGUUAUCACGUGAUUCUGGUCCUGAACAAGAAGUUUCAGGAAAUGACAAAUGAAGAUGCAGUUGAGUUUUUGAAAGGAAAAAUUUAUUCAGAAAAUGCUUUCCCUUUUUCUGAAGUGACUGUGCAGGAUAGUAAUUGA